AUGAUUCCUGGUCUUUUGAAUGGUGCAUUUGCAGGUUCUGUUAUGGGGUUUACAGAUACAGGAUAUAUGAAAGAAUGUCUUUUUCAAAAAUACAUUAAAUAUUUUAUUCAUUCAAUACCACCUACCUGUCUUGUUCUAUUAAUUCUUGAUAGUUAUAAAAAGGUUGAAUCACUUAAUAUUAAAGUUAAUCAGUUAAAAGCAGAGUUAAAAGCAAUAAAAGAUGAAUUGGCAACUUUAAAAAAUUCUGGCAUCUGUUCUUUAUGUUUAGCACUCAACUACAAAAGAGAAAAAAAAAAAACUAUGCUAUUUUUCAAACUUCUUAUAAAUGAAGCAUCUCUUAAGUUAUUGAAAGAUGUGAAGAAAAAGGCCAAGAAAAAAGCUAAUGAAAUUAAGCAAAAAAAAGAAGUUGUCAUACAAAAAAGAAUUGAUAGGACACAAAAAAAGAAAGAAUUAAAAUGUGCAAGAGAAGAAAAACAAUUUAUUAAGAAAAAGAACAAUAAAUAA